AUGAGUAAAUCCUCAACGCCAACAAAUCAAGCUUCCCCUGCUACCAAAAAUGCUAGUCCAAGUGCUAACUUGCCUGAUGUAAACACAAAGGCGUACAUCGAUAUCGCAUGUCAAGCAUCCUCAAAUACCAUCAUUAGUACUAUUAAGAAAUAUAUCGACCAAACAAUGUCUGCUCACAUGGUCCUUAUUAAUAAGAUCAACGAAUGUAUAGAAGCGUCCUUGAACCAGCAAAAACAAAGUCCACAACUUACUUAUGCUAACCAGAGCCUGCAAGAUACUGUUGCGAUACAUAAUCAUAU